AUGGACGCCUUCCGAGAGUUUAACAUCAGCUGUGACCUUGACGUGCCGGAAACAUGGCAUGCAGCCGGCAAUCUCGCCAAGCAGCCGCCUCUUGUCAUCCUCGAGGAACUGCCAGACUACUACCGUGCGGACGAGCUAUUUGCAACAAUAGUGGGCUUGAGGAGUACGAGGGCUGUGGUGAUGACGCUCGAGGGGAGCGAAGUCAUCAAGGGGCUCUCCAAGCACGUGUCCGUGCACUGGCGAAGGAGAGUACAAUGGAUCAGCCUCUGGAAAAGAGUUGACUCUCGCAGCUCACCGGCAUUUGACAACGCUUCGCAGUCACAAAGCGAGGGCAAGGCUGUGUCACUGGGCAUGGCCUACAGGCAUCUGCAACAAUUCCACGAGAAGACAAACCCCAUCAACCCUGAGCAGAACGGUAUUCAUGUUGGACUCCCUGGCUCAUUCGGCGCUGCUACAAACAACUUCAAGAUUGACCUUGCCCUCAGCUCUCAAAGUUCAUGUGAAGCAUUCCUGUGGGUCUUGCCAUCAGACCACUACUGUUCUACAAUUAUCCCUGUAUACUUGCUGUGGAUGCUACCUUUAAGCAGCUGA